AUGUCCCUCUUCCGACAGCUUGCCAAAGACAUUCAGGGCCACGUCGACGUUAUCGACGACUCCCUGGCCAGACUAAAUGCAUCGCAGCCGACUUUUACAGCAGACAGCCCUACAGGUCUACCGCUCGACGCCCAAGUACAGCAAGCCCGUCUUCUCUUAAUCGAAAAGGCUUGGGCAAUAGCAAACCUCGCCAUAGGAUCCGCUGACCACCUGAGAUGGCAUAUGAUGAAUGCCAAAUUCGACGAUAUGGCAUUGCACUUCCUGGCUGAGUACAAUGUCUUUGAUGCGGUGCCACGCAAUGGAAAAAUCUCGUACUCAGAGCUGUCCAGAAAAGUCGACCUGGGUGAGCACCGCCUGCGGCGUGUGCUAGCCAUGGCAUAUACAAACCACUAUUUCUACGAGCCAGAACCGGGAUUCGUAGCGCACACGAGUAACUCGGCCAUCGCCAUUGGCGACCCUCUGGCCAGGGGCUGGAUCCUACAUAAUGUCGACGAAGUGCAGCCAUGGUAUACGAACAAGCUGCCUGCGGCGACCCGGAAAUGGGGUGAUACCACCGACCCGUACCAUGUUGGGCCAAACCUGGAGGCCAAACCCGGAGAGGAAAAGACGUUUUACCAGUUCUUUGAAGAGGACGACCAGGGUGAAUGGAACGGUGUCAAGGGAAAAGGCUUCCGCCUGUGGCGUCUGUACGAUACAGACACUUUCUUCCAGACUGGAGGCGCCAUCAAGGGCACAAAUCUGCUACGCGCCUUUGACUGGAAGGGGCUCGGUAGGGCAACUGUGGUUGAUAUCGCUGGCAUUACCGGCUUCCUCGCCUCGCAAGUCGCACUCGCCAAUCCAGACUUAUCCUUCAUCAUACAGAUGCGAAGCCAGCCAUGGUAUGAGAAGAAGUUCUACGAACAGCUCCCCGUUGCGCUACAUAGUCGUUUCCGAUAUAUGCCGCAUGACAACUACUCGGAGCAGCCCAUCAAGGGCGCCGAGGUAUACUUCCUCGCCACCGUCCUUCACAAGGAGCCGGAUGAGAAGGCCAUCACCAUCAUCCGGCGCACCGUCGCGGCCAUGGACCCUAAAAGGAGCCGUAUCCUCACACGUGACAUUGUCAUGGAUGGCGGUGACCCCCCUGCUGGAGACACUGUUCUUAAUGGUAAGACUAUUGACAACAAGAGUGUCUACCAGGCUGGUCUGGGCCCUACGGGUGCGAUUACGAGACUUAAUAUCGGUAUCGACUUCCAGGUGCUGUCGGUCAUGAAUGCGUUUGAACGUAACAGAGCGGAGUGGAUUGACCUAUUUGAGCGGGCCGACCCUAGGCUUAAGUUGAAGCAAUGUGUCCAGACAGUUGGUGACUGUGCGUCGGUCAUGGAGUGGGUUUUGGAAUAG